UCUGGAUCGUUUGUUAGUGUAUGUCGUGGUGUUGUCGUUGUCGCUUAUUGUUGUUGCUUUAGCUGUUGCCGUUGCUGUUGUUGUUACGCGCUGUGACUGACUUGUUCAAUGAUUUAGUAAAAUAUUCAUAGCUCAUUUCAAAACUUGUUCUUGUGCCUUGUGUGUUGUGCAAAAAUCAAAUAACGCGCACAACGACGAAAUAUAAUAAAUUUCUAUGUAUCUAUCAAAUAUUAUAUACUUGCAUUUAUAAUGUUUCAUAUGUGUGUUAGUCUUAGUAGUUAACAAUUGUUUUUCUGUGUUGUUUUGUUGCAAUUACACACACACACACACACACACAAUCUCGCAGCAUCUGUCAAUCAAUCAAAGUUCAGCAAAGUGAUCGUGUGCAAUUUCAAAAACUCCGCCACCUCCCACCACAACAAAAUACAACCCAACACACCAUACAUCACACAACAUCCCACCACACACCACCUGUAUCCGCCCUUUAUAAUCCCACAAAAAGGAAACAAGAACAUUUAAAUAUUAAAUAUACAAGAUAUCAAAAUGGAAAUCUGGCGUUCGCUGACGGUUGGCGCAUUUCUAGUGCUGGGAUUUGUAUGUUUUUAUGGCAUGGUGGAAUCGUGCAAUGAGGUUGUUUGCGCCUCCAUCGUAUCCAAGUGCAUGUUGACGCAAAGCUGCAAAUGCGAGCUUAAAAAUUGCUCCUGUUGCAAAGAGUGCCUUAAAUGUUUGGGUAAAAAAUAUUAUGAGGAGUGCUGUAGUUGUGUGGAGCUCUGUCCCAAGCCCAACGAGACACGCAAUUCGUUAUCGAAGAAGUCGCACGUUGAAGAUUUUGAUGGCGUGCCAGAGUUAUUCAAUGUGCUAGCCACCGCUGAGGAUGAUAGUGAGAGUGAAUAUUGGGACGCGUUCACAUUUCAAGUAGAUUGGUCCAGAGGCAAGCCUACACUGGAAAAAGAUGAAAAAUACUAUCUAAAAUAUAACGACAAAAACUUAGAUGGUGCAAGUGCAGAACGGGACAAUUUGCUGACAGUUAAUUGCACAGUUAUAUAUUGGGACCAUUGCGUAUCUAUGAAUAAGUGCCGUCAGAGCUGUCAAACAACAGGUGCUAGCAGCUACAGAUGGUUCCACGAUGGUUGUUGUGAGUGUGUGGGAUCUACGUGCAUUAACUAUGGUGUCAAUGAGAGUCGUUGUCGACAUUGUCCAGAAUCGAAAGAUUCAGAUGAUGAUUUCGAUGAUAAUAUCGAUGAGGAGAUGCAGGACUUUGGCGACAGUAUGGGUCCGUUCGAUGGCUCAGUGAAUAGUAAUUAUUGAUUAACAGCAAACGCAUGCCAUUUAAAGAACAAAAA